CAAAGGAAAAUCGAUUCAACAUGUGUUCAGCAGCAUGUUCCAUCCAUUGGUUGUUGGUUAGCAGCGCUUUGGUGUCUGUUUUUUCAUUUUCGUGGUUGGCACCACGAACAAUCUGCCAAGAKGGUUUUUCCCACCACUCUAUCACCAGCAAUUGGAGGAUACGGCGGAACAAAAUUUGUAUCUCUGGUCGYAGGGGACAGAUGCGGGAGCACCCUCUUUUUGGUGCUAGUGUCGAUGACGACGACCUUUUCUCCUACGAUCAUGACGUGAAUUUGCCAAAACUUAUCUCAUUGUUCGGGGGGUCGCCAAGCGAUCUGCUUCGGCUUGAUUCUAACAAUGGAAUCCGCGGUGUCUAUGCAAACAAAUCAUUAAAAGAAGGAGAGAUCCUUUUGAAAAUGCCUCUUUCGUCAUGCCUCCGUGACGAUCAGCCACCUUUGUGGUUGCUGGAACACCAGCAGCAGGAUCAGUCGGAAGAGGAAAGCUCGGAAUCGGCGUUGUUGAUCCAGGAUUGGGUAACGAGAUUGGCCGCAUGCGUUCUAGAGAAACAGCACGAGCAAAAAAUAAAAAAGGAGGCGGAUUGUCUCGAUCGGGCCACGCAAGCGUGGCUGAAACUUUUGCCGUCCCGAUCGUUGCUUCGACAGUUUCUCCCCAUACACUGGCCCGAAUCAAUUCUCAGCGAAACCAAUUACAUGCCACUCGAGCUGGCAGUAGAUUCUGCGUACUUUGCACGAGCGGCUCCAAUGGGUGAUUUGAUGGGAGCAAUCCCAUCAUCAUAUUGCAACAACGGUGGCGAAAUCCAGGACACCAUAGAAUGGGCACUURAUUUGGUACAGACCCGUUCUUGCCGGUGUGCUUUACGCUUCUCUGGAGAGAGCACUGGUGGCGACGUGAAAGAUCUACGGGUGCUGGUUCCAGUGUUUGACAUGAUUAACCACUCCCCCGAGCCCAACGCCGAAUUCUUCCGGAAAGACGAUUACAUGAUGGUUCAGGCACUCAGAGACAUAGCGGCGGACGAUCAAGUUUGCAUUUCUUAUGGUGGCUCUACCGUGCCGGCAUGGAGGCGCCUGUUUUCGUAUGGAUUUUGCGACACAUCYGGUGGCGACGGCGACGGAUUUGCGGUUUACGAAGACGACACGGUAGAGAUCGUCCUCGAAGACCGUUUUCGAUUCGAGGUAUCGCCUACCGAAAUACCAGGGGAGCUCAUUCAAUACCAAGCACAACAAGCGGCGGGUAUUGAUAGCGAUGAACCAUUGGAUAUCGAACUGACUCCCGAAAUUGGUCUCGCCAUUGUUGAUCACCUUACUAACGCCGCUGCCAAUUCGAAGAGGAAAAGGGACGAAGCUAUMAAUGCAGCAACAAACAGCUCAGAAGAAUCUUUAUCUGUACCACUCAGACUUGUCGGUGAUCUUCACGAGUCCCAUAGAAGGACUUUAUUAACCUGUGCGGGGGGUCUUCGAGAAUACUUGGGAGGACAGUAACGAUGUCAUAUUUAUAAAAUAAGGAUUGUAAU